UGCCUAAUCUGUGUGAAAAAAAGGAUCUUUUCUUGCCCUGGUUAUGGAUCCUUUCUACUCUAUAAUGAAGGGAACUAAGUCUCGCGGCGCAUUUAGUAAGAAAAGUUUGUCUGGUGGUGAUGGUGGGAGUAACAGUAAGAAAGAUCACACUAAAACGCCCAGUAGAACGGCGGAAGUUUUUCCCAAUUAUAUUGCAAAGAGAACUAGGUCUCAUUCUGUAUUUAUUAACGGAACUGCUUCCAUUGGAGAGAAUACGAGGCCUUUGAAGGGAUGUAACAGCAGUAGGAAGAGAAAGGGGCUUGCAGGAGAUGGAGGCAAUGAUUGGUCUUCUCCAGGUUUAGGGUAUGGGGGACGUAAAUCGAAUAGAAAUAAUGAUGAACCUGUUAUUGUUGUUCUUGAUGGCGAUGAUGAUGAUGAAGAAUGUAGAGGUCGGGGUGGUGCUGAAGAGAGAGCUUCCGAUUCUGAUAAUUUAGAGAAUUCCGACCUGGGGAGGAAAGAGGAUUCAGGAUUACUUGGCGUGAAGGAUGAUAAUGUAGUUCAAACUAACAUCCAUUUAGAAGAAGAAGAAACAGAGGGAGAUAGUGAUAGGAAGGGAGCUGUUGCUGUUGCUCCAUAUAAUUGCAUAUCAAGGAGGACUCGAUCAAAGAUACAAGUCCAUAAGGGGGAUGUUGAGAAGUUUGUUUUUACUGAUAUAGAUGAGACCCAGACAUCUUGUGAUGGCAGUGGCAAGAACGAUGAUGCUGUUGAUGAGGAUUUGGGAAUAAAUAAGUCCCACAAAGAGCCAUCAAGUUCUUCCACUGAAGAAGAAGACGAGGAAAACAACGCUGAUGCCAAGAUUGCAAGUAGCAAGAAUGAUUAUUCUUGCCAAUCAUCCACUGAUGACAGUGAAAUGGAUGACGACUCUGAAGAUGAGGAUUUUGGAAUAGAUAAGUCCGAUGGAGAGCCAUCAAGUUCUUCCAGUGUAGAUGAAGACAAGGAAGGCACCUCUGAUUCUGAAAUUGCUAGGGAAAGAACUGUUGUUGGAAAGGGGCAAGAGAGAUUCGUAGGGUCUCGAAUGACAAAGUCUGGGUGUCAAAACGGCAGUAAUAUUGAUUCUGUUGUUCCCAUUGUUUUGGAUGAAUCCCAAUCCUCUGGUGAUGACAUUGAUGAUUGUAGUGAUGAGAAUUAUGGAAAGAACGACUCCCCUAUAAAGGAGACAACUUCUUACAGGGAAGAUGUUGAGGAAGAGAAGCAUAUAAGUGUGGUGUCUCAGACAAAAAGAAGGAGAUAUUCUGGGUUAGAUAUUCUGAUACCUUCUGACAUUGAGGAGGGCACUUCCCAUUCAGUUGGUUGGGGAAAUUGUGUAGCACAGCGGACUCGAUCACGUACUGGUUCAAGCUCAGAGAACAAGCAGAAGAAGCUCGGAACUUUGAGUCAUCCAAUUUGUUUUGAUGUGGAGGAGGAUAACUCUUAUACUGAGAAUGAUGAGGAUGAGAAUGAGGAUGAUGGAAACUGCAGCAUUGAUGAAAACGACAGAGAUGGUGGUAUUGGGGAAGCGGUUGCACAUAAUGGCACUGAUGAUAACAUCAACAGCCAUGAUGGUGCUCAAAUUGAAGAUAGGGGGAAAAAGGAAGAGGAUGUUGGAAAGUCCACAAAGAGAAAGCGUGUCCGUGCACCAAAAGAUGUUGAUCAGAUUUUCAGAGCUAUGAUAAAUUCCAUUUGGGAUAAAGAGGAAGGGGAAGUGCUUUUGGAAAAUUUAACUUCUAAAUAUAACAUUCCCAAACAAACAGAGGUUGAGACGAAGCUUCCAUUAAAGUUCAAUUUUGGAAUUGAGAAGCCUGUAGCAAAGGAGAAAUCAGAUUAUGACAAAGAACUGGAUCGGCUGUGGGCGGAGUUUGAUUUUGCUCUUAAUUCCAGUGAGAUUGGUUCCUUUGGUUCUUCUCUGGUUGACGAUGGAGACACCAAUAUACCUGACACUGAAACCGAUCCAGCUACUCUUUGCAGUCAAGGGAAGCAUCAGCUCAUCCUUGAUGAGAACAUUGGAAUCCGAUGUAGAAUUUGCUCUUUCGUGAAGCUCGAGCUUAAAUUUAUAUUACCGACAUGGGGAAGACGCCCUUCGGAGAGAUCACACCAGCAAAUCUUUUCUGAUAAAGGGAAUGCCCAUAUGUUGGAUGAGCUUGACUUUCGAGAUGAUGUUGGUGCUUCCCACUAUUCACAUAUUUUUGCUGAAGGCACUGUGUGGGACAUCAUUCCUGGCCUCAGAAAGAGAAUGUAUCCACACCAGUGUGAAGGUUUUGAGUUUAUGUGGAAAAACUUAGCGGGGGGCAUUGAACUUGAGAUGUUGAAUAAGUCCAGAAGUUCUGAUGGUGUGGGUGGGUGUGUAAUUUCACAUGCCCCGGGAACAGGGAAGACCCUCUUAACCAUAGUCUUUCUCAUGACAUACAUGAAAGUGUACCCAGACUGCCGACCAGUGAUUAUUGCUCCGACCAGCAUUCUCCUCACUUGGGAGGAAGAGUUCAAGAAGUGGAAAAUUGACAUUCCAUUCCAUAAUCUGAAUAAGAGUGAGAUCUCUGGGAAAGAAAUUCCAAUUGUCCUUGGCUUGGCGCAGCGGUACGGAAGUGUCAACCAGAAACGCAUGUUGAAGUUGUAUUCCUGGUCAACACAGAUGAGCAUCUUAGGGAUUAGUUAUCGUCUCUUUGGGGAACUCGUUGGACAAGGAUCUGCCAAAGGAGGUAAGAAAAGACAAAAGAUUCUACUAGACACUCUAAGUAAGGAGAUCAGGAAGAUCCUUCUUGAGAAACCGGGACUUUUGAUUCUUGAUGAAGGGCAUACACCCCGUAACAAUCGUACUGGCAUUUGGAAGGCUCUAUCCAAAAUUGAAACUGAGAGACGCAUAAUCCUUUCAGGAACUCCAUUUCAGAAUAAUUUUCAAGAGCUCUACAACAUCUUGUGCUUGGUGAGGCCAAAGUUUACUGAUGUGAUCCCGUCAAAAGGGAAAUGGUCAUCUCUGACCAGUUCUAUUGGAAAAAAUUCUGAUGAUGGGCUACAGAAACUUAGAGGUAUGCUUGAUCCCUUUGUGCAUGUUCAUAGAGGUACAAUACUCAAAGACAAUCUUCCUGGGCUGAGGAACUGGACGAUUUAUUUACGUCCAACCACUUUGCAAAAGCAACUCCUUGAUACAAUUAAAAGAGUACCGAAUACAUUUGAGCUAGAACAUCAGUUGGCUUUAGUUUCAGUCCAUCCUUCUUUGUUGAUGAACAUCAAGGAUCCUUUGUUUGGAAAGAACGAUUUAAACAGGAGACUCGACCUCAAUGAUGGAGUGAAAACACGGUUCCUCAUGGAACUCAUCCAGCUUAUUAAGCCAACAAAAGAGAGGGUUUUGGUUUUCAGUCAGUACAUUGAACCAUUGAAGUUCCUAAAGAAACAACUUUCGUACUUUGGUUGGGUUGAAGGCAAGGAGGUAUUGCAGAUGGAUGGAGAAGAUAAUUCAAACCAGAAGCAGUCCUCCAUCAAUCGCUUCAAUGACCCGGCAAGCGACGCAAGGAUAUUGCUUGCAUCAACAAAGGCUUGUUCAGAGGGUAUACAUUUGAUUGGAGCUUCAAGGGUUGUCCUACUUGAUACUGUCUGGAAUCCAUCUGUUGAGAAGCAGGCCAUAAGCCGAGCAUAUAGACUUGGGCAGAAGAGAUUUGUAUACACAUAUCAUCUCAUUACAUUCGGGACAAAGGAGGAGGACAAGUAUGAAAAACAGGUUGAGAAGGAGAAGAUAUCAAAGUUGGUUUUUUCUUCAAGGCGCAUGCAUGGUGAGAGGAUAAAUGUUUCAUCAAGAGUCCCUGACGAUAAUAUCUUAGGAGAGAUGGUUCAAAACAGCAAGCUUAAAAAUAUAUUCGAAAUGAUUUUCCAACGGGAGUAAUUGAAUUUAUUUAGAGACAUUGUAUAAGCAGAUCUCAAACAGAUAUUUAUGAGAAAUUCUGUUAGAUCCUUAUUCAUUGACAUCUGAAAAUGAAGUCCAGCUGUAACGGGGCCUAGAAGUCAAGAGGCCUCAGAAAAUUUUCUUAUAGUCAACUUCCAACUGUUCAGAAUGGUAAGUUCUCCAUUAA